AUGUCUACCCCCAACCCGCAUGGCCGCAAGUCAUUGCGCAACUCGGGUGUCGGAGCAAGCACUCCGUCCGGCGACACCACAUUGACUGCGCUCCAGCGCCUACCGAGUCAUACACGAUACCCUCUCACGCCAAGUCGUCUCAUCACCACUGCCACUCCGUUGACCCAGCGGUCGGCUUCUCGCUACACACCCUCUCGAUACACACCACGAUCCAGAGGUGCAGGAGCGCCGUCCACGCCGCAUGGCCUUCGUGCGCGGCAGCAACGCGCUGCGAAUACCCCUGGGCGGGAUCGCAGGCGAAGUGGACGGAUGCAGCGGGAGACUACGUUUGAUAUUCUGCGGAAUCUUGGUAAAGCGCUUGCACCUAUUUCUCAGCCAAUUCGCUCGUCGCCUGAAGAGGAGACGACACCCGAGCCCGUGAAAGAAGUAAUCGAUGAAAUUGACGAGCUCGACAAUGAACCGGAGAUCCCGCGACCGAGGUUGUCUUUACCUAUGGACGUUGGGGACGAAGGCAGCGAGACUAGCCCCGAUCUGCGCCCUCCUCGACUAUCGCUGGCUUUCGAGGAAGAUGAUAUCACCUACCAGUCUGUCGAAUACCCGCGUCGGGAUCUCAGCAUUCGAGACCGGGAACGCCUAUCAAUGAUGAGUCGUGCCGGCAGAAUCAGUGGGGACUUCGAGGAGACCCAGUUAGAAGGCGACUUCGACGCUGGGAACGAAACCGGGAUUGUGGGCGAUUACGAUGAACCCGAAGAAACGAUGGUUAGUGGUGGUGACUUUGAUCGAGGGGGAGAAACAGAGGAUCUGGGCCGAUUUCACUUUGAUCUGGACUUCCCAUCCCCGAACGCCGCCGCGGUUGAGGCCCCGCUUGAUGAGCCUGAGAAUGAUAUGGAGGAUUUCCAAUUAUCUACAGCGGAUGUUGAACCAAUGGCUGGCUUGGUCCCGUCCGACAAUGAAGACGAUGCUGGAGAGGCCGACAUGGGGUUCGGAAUGAACUUCCCACUUGCCGCGUCUCCAAGUACGAGCCCGGGAAUUGUUGGGGGAGGUUUGCGAGGCGAGGACUAUCCCACGAAGGGCCCAAAGGAAAAGAAAAUUUCCCGACAUGGGAUUCCCGUGCCGAAUCUGCCUGCAGGCGUGGUCAAGAAGCUGGCCACUCGCUUUGCGCGUACAGGAUCAAAGACCAAAAUCAACAAGGCCACACUGGCAGCAAUCGAGCAGGCCUCCUCAUGGUACUUUGAGCAAGUGAGCCAGGACUUGUCUGUGUACUCUAAGCAUGCCGGACGAAAGACCAUUGACGAGAGCGACGUCACCGCAUUGAUGAGAAGACAACGCCAUAUCAACAGUUCAACCACGGUGUUUUCUCUUGCCCAGAAGCAUUUGCCCAAGGAAUUGCAGCAGGACAUGAGACUGGCCAUGCCGCCAUGA